UAUGUCUACAUAUAUUACACUGCUAAAUGACUCUGAAUCAAAUGUUAAACCGACUCUUUAAACUUCCAGUCGCGAAUAAUUCGCAGCAAUUAGUCAGGAUCCUCCAACGGUCAAUCAUGGAUAAAGGGGUAAAGCUGGAAUACGUAGGGACCCCAGGGAAAAGUGUCAUAGACAAAAAGGGAGCUUUCCAAAGGGCCCAGUCCGCCUUUAGAAACUGGAUUACUGCUGAUGGGUCGUCUGGAUUUAAGGCGGAAUCUGGCCGUUAUCAUCUGUAUGUAUCAUUCGCUUGCCCUUGGGCGCACAGGACGCUGAUCGUCCGGAAAUUGAAGGGACUGGAAGACGUCAUUUCCGUUAACGUCGUGGAUUGGUUGCUUAAUUUUGAAACUGGUUGGGAAUUCAACGAAAAGAGAGAUGCUAGCACCUCCGAUACUGUAAAUGGAAAAAAGUUCAUGAAGGAGGUGUACAAAAAAGCAGAUCCAGAUUAUAAUAGAAGUAUUACUGUUCCUGUUCUUUGGGACAAACAAAAGAACACAAUAGUAAACAACGAAUCCAGCGAAAUAAUCAGAAUGCUGAACUCCGAAUUCAACGCCUUCUGUAAAACACCGGAGCAGAAACAAUUGGAUCUGUAUCCAGAGGACCGACGAAAAGAGAUUGAUGAAGUAAAUGAAUGGAUUUACCCGAAUAUCAACAAUGGCGUCUACCGUUCGGGAUUUGCCAGAUCCCAAGAGGCAUACGACGAGGCAGUGGUCGCUCUCUUCGAGGCACUGGAUAAGGUAGAAUCCAUUUUGUCCAAACAGCGGUAUUUAGUGGGAUCGUGUAUGACAGAGGCAGACGUUCGACUCUUUGUCACUCUCGUCCGUUUUGACAAAGUUUACGAACAGCACUUCAAGUGUAACAAGAAAAGAAUAAUCGACUACCCCAACAUGUGGCCAUAUGUAAGAGAUAUCUACCAAACGGAAGGGAUUGCAGAGACUGUAAAUAUGGAACAUAUCAAAAACCAUUAUAUGGUGAGCCAUCGUUCUAUCAAUCCUUUUGGAAUAGUUUCCAUUGGACCGGAGUUAGACUUCAACGCACCGCAUGACAGGAAUAGAACAUUCUGAUGGGAAACAGAAUAAAACCCAACAUCAUGGCGUCAACUGACAAUUGUAUCAAUGUUUUCUGUCCUGUGUUUAAUACUAAUAGGUAAAGUACUUUUCAUGCAGAAUACUCGCUUAUUGACUAUGAGAAAAUAAUGGUGAUUUACAUUUAUACAUGAUAACCUCUGAUUGGUUUUCAGGGUGAUAUUUUCGAUUUCGAAUUAAACUGUGGAGGUGACUUGUGAGAACUUAAUAUAGGACUUUGUUGUGCAUAAUUUGACAUUAUGUUACAUUAUUAUUAAAAAUGGACAGCAUACGGAAAUAUGAUUGCAAGAUAAAAUGUUUUUUGCCAUUAUUUUUGUAAACUUUUUCGAAUUUUUCAAGCAUAAAGAGAUCAAAUAUGUGUAUAUUCUUGUUUAUUAUUUAAUAAAUCUAAUUUAUGAAAUUAAACAUCUCUUUAGUUAGUUUCUUAAUCACAGACACCUACAAGUAUUUUUCAUAAUAUCAUCAGUUAGCAAUAAUUAUAGUCUAUCUUACGAUCUUUUUUAUAUAUUUUUUUGUCAGCAUCAUAAACCAAUGAAAUGAUUAUUCAAGAGCCACGUGAUAUUGUCAUUAUGACUUUCGAAAUGGAAGGAAUCAUUACAGUUAGAUGAGAUUAUAAUGGAAAAUUUUACCUCCUCCACCCCAAUCUUGCCCCAUGUUCCAGAAAUUUGUUUUAUUGUGUUGAUAAAAAAGUAUGGUAUUUCAUCUUUCUACUUACCAGAUUUAUACUGUUUCAUUUUGAUGGCGAAAACUUUAAUCCGCCACCUUAUUUAUAAUUAUGAUAUUGUGAAUUUUGUGUUUUUAUGAUAUUUGUGUUUUAAGGUGGCAAAGUUUUAAGGUGCCAUAUUGUUUUAAUUGUGUUUGUCACGAAUGAUAAAGAAUAGAGAUAUCCCUAUGUCAUUCUUGUUAGAUUACCUGAGAUGUAUUUAGAUACCCGGUGAUCUCCGUAUUGUACAUGUUGUAAAUGAAUAUCAACUUUUACAAUCGUCAUUAAUAAAUGAUUAUUUUCAGCUAAAA